AUGCCCCUCCACGGAUACGCAAACCCCGGUGGCAACUCGACUGAGCCCAGUGGGACGUGUGGCAGGUCGACCAGUGAGGGGUUGGGCGACGACCAGCCUGACGAUAACGGCGAUGACAGCGAUGAGCUCGCUACCGAGCUCGAUGCCGAGCUCGAGCUCAUGGAACUGGCGGCGGAAUGGACGGUGCUCACCGAACUCGACCUGGAGCCCCGGCUGUCCCUGUCGCCCAGCGGCCCAGAGGCACUGGAGGCACUGUGGGAACACACGAGCGAGUAUGCAGGCGGCGGGGUGGCGGCCACGCCCAAGACGGCAUCCGCUGAAGAAUCCACCGCAGGUCCCCCGUCCUCGAGGACCAUCUCACGCCUACUCGCCACCACAGUGUAUGGGGGCGGGGGAGGCGCCAGGGCGCGUAUGAGUGGUUUGCGUAACCGCGAGGCGAUGAGGAGCAGUGUACGUGCCGCCGACGACUGCAUCGCACAACAAGCGCCGUGGGCGCGGGGCAGGUAG